AAAAAGACACCCUUUAUAAAAAUAGCAAGUUUUAUUCUUUUUAUAUCAUUUAAUAGAUGAAAAUAUUUUUUCUUAUCACUUUUACUGUUAUAGCAUCUGUCUUUUCAAAAAAUACACGUGCUUUAGAAUUUAAGCAUGAUUCCACUUUAAAAGAUGAAUUACAGAAUGAUCAUGACAAUGAAUUUUCAUCUGGUUUAUAUUAUGAGUUAAUGGGUUCAGCAUCUGAACUAGAAGAAAGUUCCCGCAGAGUACUUGAAAGGUAUCAUAAGGAGCGACUUGUAAAAAAUUUAAAACAGGACGAUAUUGUGGGACGAGCAUUUCUAGCUGGACUUAAACCAGGCUUUACUAAGGAACAAUGCGCACAGUUAUCGGCAAUGGUUUGCUCUCUUUCUAAAAACAAUCUGAAUGCAGAUGCUAGUGCAGGUGAUUCACGUUCUUUAUGUCCCGAAAAAAACCCAUGUAAUACUUUAUUAAAGUAUUUAAAGGAAAUGUGUGGAUCUGAAAAAACUUAUUUAGAUUCAAUUACUACUUUUACUAAAGAAAUUUGCGAAAGAGAAAUUGAAAAAUGUAAUAAUUUAAAAGAACAUUGCAAGGACAUUUUAUCAAAAUCAUGCAAAAAACUUCAAGAGAGCUGCUCAAAAUUUAGUGAUAGUUCUACCUUUACAGAAGUACCCGUUGAAGCAGAUUUUACUAAGACUCAUACUGUACUUACUGUAUCAACAGUAGUGGUAACAGAAACAGCACAGUAUACACAUACUUAUAUAAGAACAUUAAUAAAGACAAAAACAUGUUGUUUGGGUAGGCCUACAAAAACAACACUAGAAGAAUCAACACUUGAGCCAGAGACUACUGAAGAGCCUGAACCUACUGAAGAGCCUGAACCUGCUGAGCCAACAUCUGAUGAAGAAGUGUCUGAAGAGCCAGAGCCUACGCAUGAGGAGCCGAAUACCGAAGAUCAAGAUACUGAAUCUCUUUGUUCAAUUACAGAAACAGUGACGGUGACAUUCUCACCUGAAGGAUCUUUGACUCCAGCCGAAAAAGGUCACGGUGUUCGUGUAGAUGGAUUUCAGAAGGCAGGGUUGAUUUGUGCAAUUAUAGGGAUGAUAUUAGGAGUAUGGAUAAUUGUUUAA